AUGCAAGAAACUUUUCAUCAAUUACGUUCUGCAGAAUGGAAAAUGAUGAGCGAAGUUGGAGGAACAAUGGCACUUUAUUUGGGGUUUACUUUAAUGGGGUUACUUGAAACAAUUGUUUUCUUAACCGUUGAACAUGUUAGAAAUGUGGCUAGACAAUUAGACGAGGAAAGUCAAUUAGCUAGAAAGAAUCCUCCAAUAAAGAAAUUAUUUAAUCAAAAUUUAUUUAAAAAAUUAUUUGGAAAGAAAAGAUGAGAUUUUUCUAAAUUUGAUUCGAAAUAUUUCGUUGUUUUUUAACUCUAAAUAAUUUUUGAAGCAUACGAAAGUCUUUGGUAAAAUUAUUUUUUUUAUGUGUUUCUACCAGAUUUUAUUUUUACGAUGUAGAGACGUGCGCCAAAAUUUUGCGUGGCGCGCCAAACGCCAAAAAGUAAUUCUAAAAAGCGCAUGGCGCACAUAUUUACUGAGAAAAGAAAAACUAUGAGAGGAAGUUUAGAGAAAAAAAGCUGCUACGCAGGGUAUUUGG